UCGCCAUCCCAUUUUCCCGUCAUCGGUUUCCUUUCGUACAGAAAAACCGACCGGCCGUAGUUACAAUCAACUGAGGCCAAGGCGGGAGAGUGAGUUUCCCGCCAGCAUUUCGCGCGAUUUUUGGAUUCGCUCCGAGUCUCCAUGGCUCCUGGGGCUCGAAAGUUGCGGGAGUUCAAUGGGAGUCCCUGCGGUCGCCUCGGAGCUGUAAGCAGCGGAGUGGACAGAAGCGCAAUUCGAGAGCGAUUGCGGAGAGUGGCUGGCUUCCGAACGCGCGUCGGAGUUUUCUUGCUCGAGCGUCUGAGUGUGAUUCCUGUUUAGUGAGCCGCAUAUCUGUCAGCAGAAUUGCCGAUAUCCCUCUUUGGCUAGGAGUCUUUCUGGUCUGUCUCUCGAGAGAUAAAACAAUGAAAGUACAUGAUGCAGACUACACUCCUAUCCAUCACCCUCGGACAUGCUCGGUCCAAAUGUCGCCUUAUGUAGGUGGAUUUCAGUGAAGCAAGAAAUUCCGAGUACCCUCUGCCGACACUUGGAGUAGUUGGUGAGAUUAGCGGGCGUGGACGCUGAAAAAGACCAUAAGUGGGAGCUAUCUCCCGAUACUCACCAUGAAGCUUCGAAAAGCGCGCGCAGCUGUGAAUAAUGUGGAGACAGAAGGAACAGCGAUCAGGGAGGAAGAGGCUGAUGAAGAUGAUGACAACGCCACUCUACAAGAUUGCCUCGACCGGCAGAAGAAGGCAACGGCACGACCCAAGAGGCUUGCCCUUACUCCGCUCGAUGACGAGGACAACAUCAGCCGAGGCAGAAAGAAGGUGAAGGGCAUGAAAGAACUUCUGGCAACAGACUCACCCCGACCUGGAGACGUGCCCUGCUCUCAAACUAAGAGCCCGAGGCCCGCUCUGCCCGUGGCUAGCGCGGUAAGCGGUGACUGCAGUGUCGAGGGAGGCAAAAAACGGAGGUUGAAAAAGAAGCGUCGCCGUGAUUUAGAUGUUGGCAAAGGUAUGGGCGAGGUGGUGCAGAGUCCAGAGGUUGGGAGCGUUCCCGUGAGCGAGGGACAUGCUACAACUGAAUCAAUUGGACUUCUGAUCGUCGUACCAAAGGAAGAAUUGGUUGAAGAGCAAGCACUCUUCUUUGUAAGUGCAGAUGAGCUACCUCCCGGAGGAAGUCACUCUGAUCUGGGAAGUCCUGAAGCCGAUCAACCAUGUAGAGGCCGAGGAAGGUGUGAUGGAGUUCAAACUUGUCCCUUGACUCCUGAAGUUUCUGACUGCCAUACGCAGCUUUCGGAAGAAAUUUUUCUUCCCGUCGAUGGCUACCACACCUGUGGGGACGCCGAAAGUUGCCACAUCGCCUGCCUUGAGAAAGUUCUCAACCACUUGGACAAGAUGUCCGAUGAGCAGCUGAAGCUGUGGUACAAGGCCGUCAUUGGAGAGGUAUUUGCCAGCAGAAAUGGAGAGAAGGUGAGAGGUAGGCUGAGGAGAAUGAUAAGAUGCAAGGUCAAGGAAGCCAUAAGGACCCAGGGUUCCGCUGAUGAGGAGCCGUGGAGUUCGCCUGUAACGCAAGCAAGUGGAGCUCUUUCUUCACCGGAAUCCAUUCUCGUUUCUGGUUCUCAAACCGAGAGCCCUGGUAGCAAGUUGUCUACAUCAAAUGCAGACGAGAGAAGUGGGCAGGCAGAGGAAGCCGUUUGUUCAGGAAAGACGUUUUCCAAAAAGCCACUCCUAUACGACUCUCCAGAAUCAAGCGGGGGACUGACCUUUCAGGUGCCAUCUCACAUCAAAUCAACAAACGAAGCGUUAGCGACUCCCUUCGGAGAUGAACCCGAGAUAGUUGUCCCAGCGGUUCAAUUCCUCGUCACCCCCCGCAUAACCCGAAGUAAGGCUAAAGUCAUGGAGAAGAGUGCUCAGGACGAUGGCCAGGGUCUGCAUUGUAGCCGGGACUUGUGUCAGUCAAGCUCAGGCAAACUUUCCGUCACUAUCUCCAAAGAUUCUGAUGUGGUUCCUCCUGUUCCUUCAUGUCCUGAAUUGACAAAUCCCAUUUCACAGUGUCCACCUGCAGGGGUUGCUGCUGAAAGAAGAACUCGACCUCGUAAGAACUUAGCUGUCGAGAUGGUCCCUCGAGAAUUGUAUUCCUCGAAUGUGGUCGAAGACGGUGAUCUCCGCCAUGUCAAGCCUAGUAGAGCAACUGAGGAGCUCACUUGCCAGUCUGGAGAAAAUGAAGAGCAAUACGAGCCCUCUCAGUCAGAUGUGGUUAAGUUUCUGAGCGAAAGCAUGUCUAAAUCUGACCUUAGCGAAAUCACCUCUCUGGAAGCUCCAUCGUCAUCCGGAUGUGACGCUCGGUCAUGUGAGGGAGAAUCAAUGGUGACUGCCCACGGGGUGACAGCAGCCGAAACCUUGAAAUCGUCACUUGUCUCCUUCGACUCUCAUUCAGCUACGCGAACGGAUGCUGACAGUGGAAGGAUAGUUGAAGAUUACACGAAGAUCGAAGGAAACCAAGCGAAACGUCCACUUGAUCCUCAAGGAGACCCUGCCACGAAGGUGUGCAAAUUAGUUGAGGUGACUGAAGGAGGAUUCAAUGAGAACGGGGAUUUGGGCUCUAAAAUUGAUGUCGAAGAGUGCACUAGCAAUUUAUGUUCAAUGGUUCGCGCGCACUGUGACGAGGCGCCCCUGUCGGAGGUGGAAGAAGUAAGUGAAAUCUGCUCCGCCAAGUCAAGUGUGGGUUUCAGUCGUUGUGACGUUGACGACGAGAUGUUCCCUACUCCGUACCAGGCCACGGAGUGCAGUGAGAAAAUAUCUCUUCAAGAACCUCGUGCUUCUGGAGCGGCGGCUCCAGAAGCACGAGGCACCGAGUCAAGCAGUAGUUGUGCUGUCCACCCUGCAAGUUCAAGCACGUCCAGCUUGCAUACCGUCUUAGGCUGUGCAUUGAAUACGGAAUGUCGAGAUUUCUGCCUAGAAAAUGACGAGUUUCCAUCUCAGGAAGGAAGUACAAGUUUCUUUUCAAGGGUAAGUUUUCUCGCAGCAGACUGUGUAUCUUCUGUGCAGGCCUUGCGCAGCAGCCAUAGUGGAGAUUUUGCCGAGACUGCCGAGGGACUGUGUCCCGAGGAGGAGCUCCAUUGUCAUGUAAUCUUCAAAUCAGAGGAUGAAGAACCGUGUUAUAAGACAGGAAACGAACAACUGUCGGAACAAUUGCGUCUCAACUACGUUUCCGUAGAAAAAUUAGCCCUUGAGACUGGAAGCGUACAAUCGGAAGAAGUGUGCCAGGAGAAAGAGUCUUGCGUAAGUGAAGCUUUUGAGACUGGAAGCGAGCAAAUGUUUGAACAAGUGAGCGCGGAGAAGGUUUCAACUAUCUGGCCAGCGCAAGGAGCUAAGGAGAGUACGUUUCUUUCCACAGAGAAGCAUGAUGUGGAGGGAAUCUCCGAAAGGAACAUGCUGUCUGCGUUUGAAAAUACGGUCAAGUGGCAGAUGCUGAAGUGGGAUUCCGGACGGUCAAUUGAAAAAGCGGAAGCUGCUGGGACGAUGGGAACCGUCUCUCUUCCCAAAUUGUGGAAGGAUGCCGGUGAUUAUCUGCAGGACUUGGAUGAUGCGUAUAUGCUUGUUGACGUAGGAGGAAAUUUUUCAUCACAUCGUCUCCGCAGGAGGAAACUUUGUGAUUUUGUGGACUGUGGAAAAUCGUCAAAUGCUGUCCACUGUUGUGGUGGCGCCUCGCGUACUAGACAAAGAGUGGAAUUCAAGUCAGAAGAGGAUUUAGGAAUCACCAAGGAGCCUUCACCGGAAGUAAACGACUCGAAACACUUCAAGGAUUCUGAUCAAGUGGAGGAAACUAACGAACCAUCGAUGUUAAUAGGUUGCCAAUCGAUUGAAGAUGCCGAGACAUCCGAAAUGUGUGAGGAAGUCGAGGAUCCGUUAAGUUCUCAUUAUCAUCAGCAGCUUUGGAUAGACGACAGGCGAAAUGAUGGAUCAACCCUUGAUGACUAUCCAAUUAUGGAGAAAGAAUUGGCUUCUCAGGACGAAUGUUCUGAAACCUUUAGAACAAAAUUCUGCAUGUCACCUCCUCCCUGCUUGAGCGAUUCUUUCCUCCUCGAACCACCUCUUUGCGAUUCACCCGCAUCAACAUCGGAAGAAGAUGGAAGUCCAGAUUCAGUGGGGAAGUCGGAUGCUUCAUUGGACCUUCUGGCAUGCGAGCGGUUGACUCAAGAAAGCGACUUGGAAGCCUACGGGGAGUCUUCUGAGCUUCUGGCGUCGAGGAAGAUCGAGUCUCUCAGAGAAGUUGAAAGUGACGAGUCUCCACCACCGUGUCUACCUCCAAUUCGGCUUAAGUUACCGUCUGGUCGAGCAAGACUUCUUGCCACUGCUCUUAGUGAAUCCAAGCUGAAAUCAGGUCGAGACUGGAGAUACUCAGAGGCUAGGGAUUUGGACCAGAAGCAGAGAGCUGUCACAGCCACUUCUUUGUCUCCAAAUUCUUCUGAUGAAGAAACAGGUGACAGCAUACAGGAGCGUGAAAACAUAUUCGAGAGUGCCACCAAUGAUGAGCGAUCGAGUCAAGAGUUGUCGGUCCUUUCAUCUCCAUCCUCACUACCACUCAGUGCUAGUAACUCACAGGAGGACAACUCCAGCCCGGAAGAUCGCUUACCGCCUCCAUCAAGAAGCCGAAGCUCGAAAGGAAUCCUGAAGACAACUUCAAAAUGCAAGGAUUGUGUAGAACUGCGAUCCCAGGCUAGGACUGCGUCGGAUUUUGUAGCUAGUCAGAUGAAAACUUUUGGGGAAGUUGCCGGCCGUCUCACCAAAGAAAUACAAGACUUACGUUCAAUUCUCGAACUUGAUCUCUCAAAUGCUGACGGACCACAGGAAGGAGUCAUGCACGAUAAGGUUCAAGCGAUCUCCAAGUCUAGAGAUAUCGAGCGAUCUGCGGAGAAGAAUCUAAGUUUGCUGCUCCGUGACUGCAAAAGAUUCUGCAAACUAACCGCAAAACGUCCUCGCAGAAUAGUAUUUGCGGACGAAGCAGGCAAGAAGCUGUGCCACGUGAAAACCUUCCAGGUCCCCCCAGCUCUUGCCAGGCCACUCUGGGAUAUUCUGUAGAGAAGAUAAUGACAUCUCUGUAAUACAAACCGGGAUAAAUAUCGGUCCCUUUCUAGACAGGAAAUAUUGUAUGCAUAAGAAAGCCAAAUUAGAUAUUGCAGUGAGGAUCGAGGACGCCCCUAGAGUGCAGAGUUGUAGUAUUUGCUGGAUUGAAGCCUUUUUGUAUCUUAGACAAAAAAUGUGACCCCGGAAUUCUCUCCCAAUUGUGAUUAUUGUCCUCGAUUUCUGGGUUAGCUGUGUUCACUUUGAUUCACAAACUCUCUAGGGAAGCCUAGAUGUAAAUAUGGUACAUGAGCUAAUCAUGGUGUUCGUUACCCUUGCGAUGGACAUGUAACAGAAGGGUUGUUUGCAUAUUAAGGAUUUGACUGUUUCUUAGUGCCUUUCGGGGAUUGCAAUGGCAGAUUUUAGAAAGUACCUUUUUGGACUCACGCCGUCCAUGUCCGUAAACAUUACCUUCAUGACAACAAUCACAGUAGUUUGUGAACUGCCGACUGUUCAUUCCGGAUACCCUGGGUUGGGGAUCAACAUAGUUGAGAAUAGCCACAUGCUGGCUUAUGACGUCUUCCAUGUACUCUUGAAGUGGUGCUAAUGCUGCUUCUAUGAAUAGGGAACAAGAGUGGUUCUGAAGAUAUAGGCAAAUCUAUAGGUUGUGUCACCAAGGAGCGAAAGUACGCACAUAGUUUUCGCAAGAGACAAAAUAGAUCAGCUUUAAUCUGAGCAGGCGAUGAA